UGGGGGACAGGGGUCUGGAGGGGCGGGUGUGGGCGGCAGUGAUGUGGGAAGCAGGAGGGAGAUUUGGGGGGCAGGGCAGGGCCUCCCGUGGUGGUGGGAGAGGAGAAGCUGUGCGGGGAGACGGUGGGGCUGAUGAAGCUGGGGACACUUGGCGGGCGAGGUAGUGGAAUGUCUGUGAAAAUCGGUAAUUCGGGGCCAGGGAGGGGUGAGUGGUUGUGAAGCCGGCGGAGGGAAUUAAGUGGAUGGUGGGGGCCUCUGGGAGGGGCCUUUGGGGGGACCUUAGCCUCGGGGGCUGGAGGCAGCAGGCCCUGGGGGUGAGGGAGCCCGGAGGCUCCCCUCGGGAGUGAGUGGAGGGCUGUGCGGGGCCGCCGUGUGCCCUGGGGAUGUGGGUUCGGGUCUGUGUGCAGCAAUAGUUAAGGUUCUAGCCAUCCACGAUUUGCGUGCUUUUGGCUUGGCGACUGGGCGCGAAGGGAUGAACGACGAGCCUCUGUGGGCGCGUGGGGGGCAUGUAGAGGGCCCAGAGUGGUUGCACUGAGGAAUUCGUCGGCAGGAGGGGCUGCUGGUUGCUGCAGUGUUGGACUGUACCUGAGCCGUGUGCUCCUGGGAAGACCCCCCCCACCCCCCGCUCGGGUUCCGGGAAACAGCUGGCUGCAAAGAACCCCCUUCCCACAUGAUGCCCUUGUUUACCUGUGACAAGGCCGUAGAGGGCAGGGACUGUCUGUCCUGUUUAGUGGUCUCUCCCACGUGCCCGGAACAGGGCCUGGUAGUAAGAAGCCUUCAGCAAAUUGCUGCUUUCCUGGCCCGUAAACGAGACUGUGAGUGUGUGUCUAGGUCUGCAUUAGUGUGUGAGUGGGAUCUGACGUGGAUGUGAGAGCACAGUGCAGGAGUAUGUUGGGGUCCUGGGGGAGGAACCAGGGUGACUGUUCGGGGUGUUAGUACAGUUGGCACGUCCCCUUUUCCAGAGGAGAAGCUACAGAAGGUCUCCUGUGCAUCAACCCAAAAGGGGUCCAGACAAGAUAGAAGCUUCCAGGGCAGGUGGGCCUGUGUCUCAGGGGGCCUCAGGUUUGGAAAGCAGUGACUCUGGGCUCUCUUUUCACUGGGCCUCCUAGACCAUCGGGACCUGCCCGUGCCCAGGAGCUCCAGGGAGCUCCCUGUGCAUCUCGGGAAGAGGCGCUUCUCCUUUGGGUGUCGCUCUCUGCUCUCCCAGGACGUUUUUCGUGAGACACCUGUUCUCAUGCACCACACUCUUCACCCUGGUCUCAGGAGAGUCCGGUCUCACUCAGGGAAUCUGACCUUUGUGUCUGCUGCCCCCCACGCGUGGGCAGAACGCAUGCCAUCCUUCUCCAUUCCCACUUGUGGAGUUCUUCCUGCCCUGGACGCCCUCGCUCUGCCCUCUGCCACUGUUUCACGUCAAACUUCAAAAUCCAGCCUGUCUGUCCAGAUGGGCUGGUUCUUGACUCUCCAAAGGAUCCUCAGCACCUGGGGAGCAUUGGGACCUGCCCUCCCUCCCUGGCCUGUGUCCUCCCUCGAUUCGUUAAAGGACGAAGAGGGAGAUGUUUAAGGCCCUUGAGAGACGGUGCCAGGAGCUGGUCCGUGGUCCACCUGGCGUUGAGUAGCAUUCCUGGGUUUCCUUUCCUCUUUCCCUUGCUGGCUGAGGGUGUGGGGCUCCCGAGCGGGUGGUCUGAUUCCAGCCCUCAGCCCAGCUCUAGGGGUGGGCAGGAAGGGCCUCAAAGGGGGCAGUGUUCUCCCCAUUCUCGUUAGGCGCCCGGGAGCAAAGCCUGGCAGUCUGCUAACGCCAGGGCGCAACUUGCUUCCCGCAUUUGUGGAGGAUGAGUCCGCCCAUCUCUCUUUGUUCCACUGGGACCCUGAGGAUACCUCCCUCCUCUCCCCCGUUCUUUGUUAGAACAAGGGGCUCCUGCUCUAGAUCUCCUGUAGCUAUUACGUUCUCUCCUUGCUCAGCUUACUUCGCAGAAGGGUGCCCACUGGCCAUCCACCAUGUCGGCCUUCCUCUCAGCCUGUCCACCUGUGGGGACCAAGCCGGGAGAACAAGUUGCCACAGGUGUACCCUCAUGAAGGAAGUCACAUCCCUGCGUGACCCUGCUGUGAGCCCGUGGAGUCCUUGACCCUGAUCCGGUAUCCGGCUGGUGUAAGUGCCUGGUUCACUCCACAGCGGUGGAGACAUUGAAAGUGGCUGAUUUUGGAGUAGAGAGCCAGCACCCCAGCCCAUUGCCCGUUCCCUGUCCUGCCUAGAAGUGAGUGGCGUUUUAUUCUGUAGUACCUGUGCCAGUGGUUUCAUCUAAGUGCCCCCGGGAAAAGGUGCUGCAGGAGCAUCAGGACAGAGCAGAGCAGAUUUCCCAGGACCGGGGGAGAAUGGUCAAGUCACAGGUAUCGUUUGAGGAUGUGGCUGUGGACUUCACGUUGGAGGAGUGGCAGCUGCUUGAUCCUACCCAGAAGACCUUGUACAGGGAUGUGACGCUGGAGAACUACAGCAACCUAGUCUUCUUGGGUUAUCAAAUGAUCAAACCUGAGGUGAUUUUCAAACUGGAGCAAGAAGAGCCAUGGAUAUUAGGUGAAGAAAUCCUAAGUCAGAACUUUCCAGAAGAAGUCUGGCUAGAUAAUAAUCUCAAAAUGUGGCACCAGGAUAAUCAAGACAAGCUUAAAAGUAUGGAGAGAGGCCAUGAAUAUGACGUCUUUGGGAAAAUGUUUCAUUCAGGCAUUAACUUUGAUCAUUUAGGAAUGAGAUCCCAUAAAUGUGGCACAGGUGAAAAAAGUUUGAAACAUCCUUUUGAUUUUCUUAUUCCAAAAAGUAACUGUGAAAGAAAAAAACUUGAUGAGCUUGAUAAGAAAUUACUAUUCUGUAUCAAGCCUGACAAAACCUGUGGUGGAAUAAAAUACUCUGAUUGCAGUAAAUGUAGAAAAGUCAGCAGUAAAGAGCCAGGGCUCAUUACAAACCAAAUAGCACAUACAGGAGUCUGUUUAUGCAUGGAAUGUGGUAAGGUUUUUAACAAAAAGUCACAGCUCAUUAUACAUCAGAGAACUCAUACAGGAGAGAAGCCCUACGGAUGCCAUGACUGUGGGAAAGCCUUCUCCCAGAAGUCAUUACUCACUAUUCAUCAAAGGACUCAUUCAGGAGAAAAGCCAUAUGGGUGUGGUGAAUGUCAAAAAGCUUUCAGCAGGAAGUCACUGCUCGUUUUACAUCAGAGAACUCAUACGGGAGAGAAGCCCUAUGGCUGCAGUGACUGUGGGAAGUCCUUUAGUAGGAAGUCACAGCUUCAAAGGCAUCAGAGAACCCACACAGUAGAGAAGCCCUAUGGCUGCAAUGACUGUGGGAAGGCCUUCUCCCAGAAAAUAAGGCUCAUUACACAUCAGAGGACACACACAGGGGAGAAGCCCUACAAAUGUAGUGAUUGCGGAAAAGCCUUCUUUUGGAAGUCACAGCUUAUUACUCAUCAGAGGGUUCAUACAGGGAAGAAACCGUAUGCAUGUAGUGAGUGUAAAAAAGCCUUCAGCAGGAACUCACUCCUCAUUAGGCAUCAUAGGAUCCACACAGGAGAGAAGCCCUAUGAAUGCAGUGAAUGUGGUGAAGCCUUCAUCAGAAAACCGCAACUUGUCAAACAUCAAAUGACUCACACAGGAGAGAAGAACUAUCAGUGCAGGAACUGUGAAGAAGCCUUCUUUAAGAAGUCAGAACUAAUUAGACAUCAGAAAGCUCAUUUAGGAGAAAAACCCUAUGGAUGUGUUGAAUGUGGAAAAACCUUCUUUGGGAAGUCACAGCUCCUGACACAUCAGAGAACUCACACCGGAGAGAAACCUUAUGAAUGCGGUGCCUGUGGGAAGGCCUUCACCCAAAAGUCCAGCCUGGUAUCUCAUCAGAGGACACACACAGGGGAGAAACCCUAUGAGUGCAGCGAGUGUGGGAAAGCCUUCAGUGAGAAGUCAAGCCUCAUUCACCAUCAGAGAACCCACACUGGAGAGAAACCCUUCGAAUGUAGUGAGUGUAGGAAAGCUUUUGCCUGGAAGCCACAGCUUCUUAGGCAUCAGAGAAUUCAUACAGGGGAGAAACCCUAUGAAUGCAGUGAGUGUGGGAAGGCAUUUGUUCAGAAAGUACAGCUCAUUAAGCAUCAGAGAAAUCAUACAGGAGAGAAGACCUAUGGAUGCAGUGAUUGUACAAAAGCUUUCUUUGAGAAGGCGCAGCUCAUUAUACAUCAGAGGAUUCAUACAGGAGAGAGACCCUAUAAAUGUGGGGAAUGUGGGAAAUCUUUCACUAGAAAGUCGCACCUUAUGAGGCAUCAGAGGAUCCAUACAGGAGAUAAAUGCUAUAGAUGCAGUGAAUGUGGGACGACCUUCCACAGGAAGGCACAGCUCCUGAUACAUCAGAGAAGUCAUAUGCUGUAGACACAGGGCGAGUGCGGUGAGUAUGGGGAGUCUGCCAUCAGGUGUCAGGCCCCUCACACUCCAAGGACACGUACAGGAGAGAAACCCUGUCACUGCAGUGACUGUCGCACCAUACAGAAUUCAGAAAGAGAACUUUUUUUAAGUAGGCAAUAUAGGAAAGCCUUCUCCCAGAAAACAAAACUUAUUACAUAUUGAUGGUUCCUCAGUGUGGAAGUCUUAUCAGUACUGUGAUAAGUACAGACCUUUCAGUCAAAAGUGACAGCCUGUUAAAUACUUAGAAGACUUAAACAGGAGAAAAACUCAAUUGUUAUAACAAGUAAGUGAAAGAUUUCACUGGGAAAGGGUAACUCAGAGUACACUAGAGAAUACAUACACAAAGGAAAUACUGAGUAUUAUAUAUUAGAGAUCUCAUGCAGAGGAGUAGUUCUAAUAAUUUGAAGAAUUUGAUAAGCAUGAUCCUAUUAAAAUAAUUCUAAAAGGAAGAUGUGUACAUUGUAUAUAAAUUAUUAUAAGAAAAUAGGCAUUUUAGAGUGGUAGCUGUGUUUUAUGUGUGAAAACUUCUGCUUUCUGCUAUGGUGCUAUAGGAAGAACCAGAUAAACUCUCCUGCCUUAAGCAGCUAGAAACCGUACCAUUUAUGAAAUAGUGGUUUUUUAGACAUAUGUCAAACACAGGUUUGUGAUCCCUGGCAGGAGGUGGACAAGGUGAGGAGAGCCCCACGACUGCCCAGCCUAGACCCUGGGGGCAGCAUCCAGGCUGCAGUUCAGGGAGGGGAAUUAACGUGGUCCUGCUGGACUGAAGAGAGUUGCCGAGUUGGCGUCUGGGGAGCCCUGGUGGCUAGAAUUUGCAGGGAAAAGUGCUGGAUAGGAAGGAGCUUCCCAGAGAGGGCCUGCAGAAAUCCGCAAUGAGUCCCCCCUUGAGUCUGUGGGCUUUAGUGCUGACUCACACGUGUGUGGAAGGAAGCUGAGACCAUGAGAGUGGCACUGGGGAGCAGUGAGCUGGGCGAGCCCUGGAGCUCAGCGCAGGCAGGGACAGUUCACAUUCCCACCAGCCAUACGAAAGCACGUGGGCAUCAAGAGAGUUCCCAGAACAAUAUUGUCUUGGUGGGGAGGGUAACUAACCCUAGAUUAAAAGCUACUCUACCCACAGUGACUGACGUCCAAACACUUACCUGGCAUACCAAGGGGCAGGAACAUAUGACUUGUAACCAGAAGGAAAAUCAGGCAGUAGAAAGAGAAAAGACUGAAGUGAUUGGAAUUAGUAGACAAGGAUGUUCAAAUAGCUAUUGUAAGUAUAAAGUAGAGGAAAACAUGAAUUUGACGACACAUGAGUGGAAGAUAUAUUUUUAAAAGCUCAAAUGGAACUUCUCAGGAUGAAAACAACAUCUGUAAAUUAAAAAAAAAAACUGGAUGGAAUUAAGAACAUAUUAGACAUAGAAGAAGGAAAACAAUCAAUGAAUUUGAACAGUAAGUAUAAAAAUUAUCCAGGUGAAUGUUACACACAGAGAGAAAAAGACUGGGGGGAAAGGAGAACAGGGAAUUAGUUACUGUGGUGUAACAUACAUGGAAUGGGAGGUCCAGAAAUAGAGGAGGGAGAAAAAGGAUUUGGAUAAACGAUGGCUGAAAAAUAUCCACAUAUGAUGAAAAGUAUAACUCGACAUAUUCAAUAAGCUCAAAGGACCCAACACGUAAGAAACAUAAAGAUGCCAAUGGACAUCAUCGUCAAAUUGAUGAAAACCGGUGUUAAAGAGAACGAUUGUAAAAUGUCUGGAGAAAAAGACACAACACGUUCACAGAACAAAGAAUAACAACAUACUUCUG